CUCAAACUUAACUAGUAUCUACCACAUCUAUGUCCGCCACCCUCAACAUUACACCAUACACCACCUCCAUCAACACAAAUGUGGGACACAAUCAGAGCAAAGCCAAUAAAGUACUUAUUCUCUUCUGCAAAAUAUGGCAGGUGGGGAAGCGAUAAUCAGAACACUCUUGCACCAGUAUAUCCUGAGGUUCUUUCACUCAGAAAAACUUCUUCAACAGCCCUCUCUAUCCCAACUCGAAAACCCGUAUUUACACAUUCAGAGCUUCUCGAGAGUAUUAAGGAGGGUAUAUCAGGAUCCAACCUCCCGCCAGACCCUGCUGGCAGAAACAAAGAAAACCACCCUCUGUACAGGGCAGAAUUCAGCCCAAGAGUUCCGACACUGUUUUACCUGAGUGAGGACAGCAGACUAGACGAUGCUACGACCAGAGAUUCAGUGCUUUCCCAGCUAGCAAUAAGACUCUCUGAUUCAUACAAUGAUUAUAUUUCAAAUUGCAGGAGUGAAUAUGAGGUUGGCUAUCCGGAUGAGGUUGUCACUCCAAAGCAGAGCAGAAGCUUUGAAGUUGUGCAGUCCUGCGAGGCAAGGACACCCCCGAGACAGGACCCAUCCCUACUGACCGUUUGGGAAGCGAAAGCAAAUAUUCCAGCGCAGAGCCAAACAAUUUCAUGUCUAAUCGGACCAAGAGACACGAGUGGUAGUUAUGGACUUCGUCGGGGAAUGGGUAGUUCUAAUCCCCGAAGCGGGUUAAGACAAAGAGCCUUAUAUCUGAAUGAGAAAGCCCAAAUCAGAAGAUUAAUGGAUAAAAAUGAAUGGUUAUCUAUGAUAUCUGGUACAAAAACACCACCGAGACACCACGGCAGGCAGGCUUCAAUUUUUGGGCUUCCAGAUAGCAGGUUCCAGGUCACGGCAAAUCAGCAAGCCCCUUCAAGCCCUUCAAUCCCAGUUCAAGCACUACAGGAAAACCCGGACCAAGCGCCACAUAUUCAGCAAGCACAAGUAUUUGCGCCGAGCAUCAGAGUGGAAUCACCUGUAACCAUGGCCCAAAUACUGGCGCUUAAGAGAGAAAUGGUCAUAGCAAUGUGUGGAUUUCCGAAUCCUCCCCUAACGUCGAGCUCACCGCCACACCCCAAUACCCCACCUCCUUCUACGAAACCUCCUCUACCCUCUCCACCCACCCCUGGCCCUGCUCGUGUACCCCAAACCUCAAACACACCCCCAACAUUCAAGAUUCCCCGAAAGCCCUUGCCGCCAUCUGCGCUACAAAAUCUGUCCAGAUCAAUUAGUGCUCUCGAAGCCAUUCAGCCCCCAACCAAAGAAGAUUUCAAAAGCUCGGAACAGAGUAUGACGAAAUUAGAACCCACGUUGACUCCGCUCCCGAGAUCAAAAUCUACCUUAUCAAUGAGCUCUAUAAGAUCAAGUAUCUCUGGAAGGUCGGUUUGAUAUUACCUCAGCGUUUCCUUCCUUAAUCCAAGUUUAGGGGCCAAUUGGUUUUUUUAUUUCUAGCAUGCUUAUGGGGUCGUAGAAGUAUUCGCUCCCCAAUAACCCUCCUGAAUUAUUCUACUCGUGGCUCAGUUCAGAGGUUGGAGGACCGGAUGAGGCUUUACCGACAAGAGAGCAAAUUCUCGCUGAGUAGAUAACUACGCAGAGAAACAACCGGGGUGCAACGCUCUUUAUUUGCCCCGUGGGAGGUGGAAUUCUAGGGUGUUUUGACUUGACGAACUUGGUUCUUGGGGAAGGUUUUGCUGCGUUCUCGUGUGUGCUUAUGUCCUUUGCCCAAAUCCUUGGGCCGUUAGAAAGUUCAAUUUACCACAAAAACAAAUUAUUUUCGGGUGUGAUACUCCCUCAUUAGUUGCGCUGUACCAGUAGCACUAGAAUCCAAGCUAAACCCAAUUCAAUUCACU